GAGUGGAUCCGGUGAAUUAUCCGGCUACGAAGCCCUCCGCCCACGAAGCCGUCCGCCCACGAAGCCCUCCGCCCCACUGGACUCAAUCCUUCUUGCCCGGGGGUCUUGCCGCCUCCCCAGAGAUCUCUCCGCGUGACCCCCAACCGUGCAUUCUUUUGCAGUCUGAGCCCUCGUCCAUCAGCCUCAAGACGAACACGAUGAAGUUCAACCCCUUCGUGACCUCGGACCGCAGCAAAAACCGCAAACGUCAUUUCAAUGCCCCCUCCCACGUGCGCAGGAAAAUCAUGUCGUCUCCACUCUCCAAGGAGCUGCGACAGAAGUACAACGUCCGCUCCAUGCCCAUCCGCAAGGACGACGAGGUCCAGGUGGUUCGAGGACACUACAAAGGUCAGCAAAUUGGCAAGGUAGUCCAGGUGUAUAGAAAGAAAUACGUCAUCUACAUUGAACGGGUGCAGCGUGAGAAGGCUAAUGGCACAACUGUCCACGUGGGCAUUCACCCCAGCAAGGUGGUCAUCACCAGGCUAAAACUGGACAAAGAUCGGAAAAAAAUUCUUGAACGCAAAGCCAAAUCUCGACAGGUUGGGAAAGAAAAAGGAAAAUAUAAGGAGGAACUUAUUGAGAAAAUGCAGGAAUGAAUGUACCCUGUUGCACAACCAUGGUUUAUCUGUAGGUUUUUUACCUGGCAUGUAGGCCUUUAAAACUUGCCAAGAUGUCUCUCUCUCAAGUGUUUUAUUUCCUUCCUGUUCUGUUGUUAUUAUUUAUGUGGUUCUGUAAAUCCACUUCUGCUGUUUUGAUUAAUAAUUUUAUGAGUAAAAAUUGGA